AUGGCAAAAGUGCAACUUGACUGCAGAACAUUCAAGGAAAGAAUGGAGAACAUAACUCUUGCGCUCCCUGAUGACGUGGACGGGCUUAUGAUAACAUUUGGAGAACGAGACAGCACAUUUUCGUAUGGGAUAAACUCGGCUAUGUUUUUCUAUUUGCUAGGAUACGAGUUUCCGGCGACUUCUCUCAUUAUAAGAAAAACCGAGGUAAUAGCAGUCUCCAGCGCGAAAAAGUGUUUGAUACUUGACCAGCUGAAGGAGACGGUCAGCAUACGGACGUUUAGCAGGAUGAAGGAUCUAUCGAACCAGCAGGCCAUACUUUCUAGCAUUCGGGAAAUAUGCGGGGACAAGCCGCUGGGCGUGCUCAAGGAGGAGCGGGGCGAGUCUGUGCGCGCCUGGGAGGGCGCACUCAGCGUGAAAGACAUAACCCCGUGCAUAGAGAGCGUGCUGCUGAAAAAGGACAGAAAGCAGCAGGACCUGAUGCGGCUUGCAAGCGUGUCUGCUAUGCAGAUUUCCAUGCUGCUGGAGAGCAAAAUAAAGCAGAUCAUAAAGACGGACGACAGGGUGAUUCAUGAAGAGCUGAGCGACCAGAUCGAGGCUGCCCUGGAGGUGGAGAUGAAAAGGCUGCCGGACGAGCUGGACCAGUCGUACAUUGAGCUGUGCUUCACGCCUGUCAUACAGAGCGGAGGGCGGUAUCUAAAGGAAAAAACCGAGCGGGGCGAGUUUGUCAACCCGUACAAAGAGCAGCUUCUGUACUUUGACAUAAUCAGCUACUACCUGUGGGUGGCAUACAAGGGGCACUGCUCGCACGUUGGAAGGACUCUUCUGGUCAGCCCCAACAAAAAAAGCAAGGUGGUUCUGGGGUAUGUUUUGAGGCUGAUGAAGUACCUUCUUAGAAACAUAUCGAUUGAAAGGACGCCGGAGCAGAUAAAGAGCGAGACCAUGAAAAGGUUCAACGACGUGGUAGACCCCAUGUACCAAGAGGAGCUGGGCAGGAAAAUAAAAAUGGAGCUGGGCCCGUCUAUUGGAAUCCGGCCAGAAGAAGGCGGCGCAGGGGGCAUGGAGGCCCAAAAAAUACAGAGCAACUCGCUUUUUGUGGUUUCUGUUGGAUUCUACGAUCUUGUGCACAUGAUUGAAGAGGACGACAGAAUAGGCACAGUCCACAUGGAAAACGUGGUGAUGAUGGAAGGCGGGGCGCCGAAGCUGCUGACGCCCUUCAGCCCGGAGGUGUCGGACUACGUGUACGAGAAGGCAGAGGAGCAGACAAAGAGAACUCUGAUGGGCAGAAGGCUUAGAAACAGGGACCGGGAGCUGGAAAGGGCGAACGAAAUCAACGAGCACCAGAAGCAGCUCAUGGACGAGCUGAUUGAGGAGCAGCUGCAGUUCUACAAAACGCACGAGGUGCAGGAGGAGGAAGAGGCUGUGGAGGCCGCCGAAAAGUUUGUGUCAUACGAAAAGGAGGCGCUGAUACCAAGGGGGUCGCCUGUCAUAAAAAUCGACAAGAAGGCGUCGAGCGUGGUCAUUCCCGUGUUUGGCGCUGCCGUUCCCUUCCACAUAGACACAAUAAAAACAGCCACAAAAACGAUAGAGGACCAAAUCGGGUAUCUGAAAAUAUCCUUCUACCAGCCCAGCGGCGAAACAACCUCAAGCGCAAACUUCCUGCUUUCUUUGCUGAUCAAGGACACGCAGGAGAACGUGAUGACUGCAUGGAAAGAAAUAAACAACAUGAAAAAGGAGGAGGAAGAGGACUCUGGGGACUUUGUGGAAGAGGGCGAGCAGGAGGACCUGCAGGUUGUGCAGGACAGGGUGGAGACGCUCCAAAACGUGUUCAUGCGCUGCGACCACCGGAUGGGAACAAAGAAAAACGUGGCCAGCACGGUGGAGCUCCACAAGAACGGGCUCAGAUACCACUCAAAAACAGCCGGAGACAUAGACAUCCUGUUUUCCAAAAUCAAGCACAUGUUCCUGCAGCCGGGGGCAGCGGAGUCGCCCACGAUUCUGCAUUUUAGGCUGUCUGCGCCGAUCAUGGUUGCAGACAAAAGAACCGCGGACAUCCAGUUUUUCAGGGACUGCACGGCAAAUGCAGUGCACGACACGAGGAAAACCCGAAACCGGGCUGGCGGUGAGGACGCAGAGAUGUAUGAGGAAGAAGAGGAAGAGCGGAUGCGGGAGGAGAUAAACGACGCAUUUUACGAGUUUGCGCAGCACGUUACCCGGAAGUCCAGAGUUACUCUGGAGGAGCCGAUUUCAAAGGGGUUCUACGGGGUUCCGCACCGGCAGAGCGUGCUUAUACAGCCUACAGCAGAGUGUCUGGUGAAUCUGACAGAGUUCCCGUUCUUUAUUUUGCCGCUGAAGGAAAUUGAAAUUCUGAACUUUGAGAGACGGGUUUCGGGGGUGACGACCUCUGACCUGGUUUUUGUGCUGAAGGAUAAGAGCAAGGCGCCCAUGCAUGUAUAUGGAAUAUCUGCAUCCUCUGUGCCGUGGAUGAUGGACUUCUUUGAUUCAAAGAAUAUAUGCUUUACCGAGACCAAGGUAAAUAUACAGUGGAAUAACGUGAUUCGGAGCAUUUUGAACGACCCAGUGGCCUUCUACGAGGGAGGCGCGUGGGCAAUUCUGCAGCCCAGCAGGGAGGUGGGCGAUGGCGAGGAAGAGGCUGCCGAUGAUGACGACGCAGUCGACUUGGACACCUCAGAAGAGUCUGAGGACGAAGAGGAGGACUUUUUGACCGACGAAGACCUGGCAGAGUCUGAGGAGGAGGAAGAGUCCGAGGAGCAAGACUCUUAUGUUGGCGCAGACGACUCGGACGAAAACAGCUUUGUGGUUUCCGACGAGCCCGAAGAGUCUGAAGAUGAGGCGCCCCAAAAGAAGAAGCACAAGAGAUAA